AUGCGAGGCAAGGUUGAGAUUGGGUUUGUAGGUAUCAACUACUGCUUCGCCAAGCUGUUGCUGGACAAGGGAUGCAGCGUCCUGAUGGCGGACCUUGCACUUCGCCCUGAGGCACAACAACUGCUGUCUCGAUUCGAGACGGGCGCGCCUCGAGCCGUGUUCCAGAAGACCGACGUCACCGAGUGGAAAGAGUUGGAACGCAUGUUCGCUGUUGCGACUGCAGCGUUUGGAGACGUCGAUAUCGUCUGCCCCGGCGCAGGCGUCUACGACCCCCCGUGGAGCAACUUCUGGCACCCACCGGACACGACGGUCUCUCGUGACGCUGCCGGAGGCGGGCGGUACGCGACGCUGGACAUCAACGUGACGCACCCGAUCAGGACGACGCAGCUCGCCAUCGCCGCCUUCCUCGAUUCGCAGGCGCGGACGGGGGGGAAGAAGAAAAAAAAGCGCAAGCGCGUCUUGAUUGUGAGUUCCAUCGCAGGGCAGAAUGCGAACCUGCACACGCCCAUCUACGUCGCGGCCAAACACGCCAUGAACGGCUUUGUCCGCUCGCUCGCCGCCCUCGAUACGCGCUUCGGCAUCCGCGUCAACGGCGUGGCGCCUGGUGUGAUCAAGACACCGCUGUGGACCGAGCACCCGGAGAAACUGCAGUUUAUAUCCUCGGAUGCAGAUGAGUGGGCGACGCCGGAAGAGGUUGCGGAGGCCAUGUUGAGGUGUUUGGUCGACGAGGCGUUGCCUGGUGGUUCUAUUCUUGAAGUUGGGAAAGAGCAGACGAGGAAGGUUGAGGCGUUGAAUGAUCCUGGGCCCAGUGGGGCGGGACACACGGUCAGUCAUCUGGAGGGUAAGUAUGAGGAGGUUUAUGGUUUGCUGGAGAGGCGUGGCUGGGGCAAGAGCAAACUGUAG